UGUUCUUCCAAAUCACAAAAAUUAUUUGUUACCACAGAUUUUUAACUGUAAUGAAUUGUAUACUAAUAACAUACGUUGUAUUUGAUUUAUAAAAUGUUGGAUUUCUUUGCAAUUUUUACGAAAGGAGGCAUCGUUUUAUGGUGCUUCCAAAAUACUACUCAAAAUUUUACCUCUUCUGUUAAUGCUUUGAUUAAAAAUGUUAUUCUGCAGGAAAGAGGACUAAACACUUUCAGUGACAACAGACUGUCUUUACAGUAUAAAUUAGAUAAUGAAUUCGAUUUGGUUUUUAUUGUUGCAUAUGACAAAAUUCUCAAACUAUCAUAUGUUGAUAAAUUUUUGAAUGAUAUACAUUUGGAAUUCAGGGAUAAAUAUAAAAAUGAAUUGGCUAGAGCGGAGUAUUUUCAGGAUUAUAAUUUUUGUGAAGGAUUUAAUUCAACGUUGAAAAAAGCGGAAAAAUGGUCUAAACAACAAGAACAAUUACCAAAGCAAAUGAAAACUUUUGAACAAUCAAGUAAAUCAAAAAAAACUGUAUCAUCAAUGAUAGAACGAAAAGGGGAUGAAAAGAAUGCUAAAAUACAGAAAAAGAAAGAAGUUAAUUUUGCACCAGAAGAAGCUCAAUUACUACCAGAUUCACCAAAACAAAAAUUGCAAAAUGGUCAAUUAGAUGAGGAGACAUUGGCAGCAAAUAGAUUGAAAUUUGCGCAGAAAAUGAAUAAGAAGAAACAGGAUCCUAAAAAAAGUCCCAAGAGUCCUACAGUAGAAAAAGAAAGGGUUGGUAAAAAACCAAGAAUUUGGGAGCUUGGUGGUACCAAUAAGGAUUUAGGUUCCUUAGAAAGGACAACAGAUAAACCAGAAGAUAUGAGAAGUCAUUUUACACCUGAUACUGAGAUUGUUGGUCAAAUGAAGGGAGUCAUUAAAGAUUUAGAAGUUGAAUCUUCUGAUGAAGAGGAAUAUUUUGAGGAAGAAAAAGAGACAAAUAAAUCAUCACAUAAAGGAGGAAUGUUCUCUAUUUUCAAAGGUUUGGUGGGUUCUAAGAGCUUGACUGCCAGCGACAUGAAACCAGCACUAGAAAAAAUGAAAGAUCACCUGAUAGCUAAAAAUGUGGCCUCUGAUAUUGCGAGCAAGUUAUGCGAUUCUGUUGCUACUAAACUGGAAGGAAAAGUACUAGGUACUUUUGAUAGUAUUGCUUCAACUGUAAAAAACACUCUGAAUGAUUCUUUGGUUCAAAUUUUAAGUCCCAAAAGGAGAGUUGAUAUUUUGAGAGAUUGCUUGGAAGCUCAAAGGCAGAAGAGACCAUUUGUAAUGACAUUUUGUGGUGUAAAUGGUGUUGGAAAGUCAACAAAUCUUGCAAAAAUUUGUUUCUGGCUCAUUGAGAAUAAUUUGCGAGUCUUGAUAGCUGCUUGUGACACCUUUAGAGCUGGAGCAGUUGAGCAGCUCAGAACACACAUGAAACAUCUGAAUGCUCUUCAUCCACCAGAACGUCACAAUGGUCGUACCAUGGUUCAACUCUAUGAGAAGGGAUAUGGUAAAGAUGCGGCUGGAAUAGCAAUGGAAGCUAUCAAGUUUGCUAGGGACUCUGAGUUUGAUGUUGUCUUGGUAGAUACUGCUGGCAGAAUGCAGGAUAAUGAACCUUUAAUGAGAUCUUUAACAAAACUAAUUAAAGUGAACGAACCUGAUUUAGUCCUAUUUGUGGGUGAAGCUUUGGUGGGAAAUGAGGCAGUUGACCAGUUGGUUAAAUUCAACCAAGCACUUGCCGACUACUCCUCAAAUUCCAAUCCCCAUAUCAUUGAUGGUAUAGUUCUGACCAAAUUUGACACUAUUGAUGAUAAAGUUGGUGCUGCCAUUUCGAUGACCUAUAUUACUGGUCAACCAAUUGUUUUUGUGGGAACGGGUCAAACUUAUACAGAUUUGAAAGCAUUGAAUGUGAAAGCUGUUGUGCACUCUUUAAUGAAAUAAAUCUCAAUUAUAUGCUUAGUGUACCUACUUUUGAAGAUGAAGAAAUCUCUUAAAAAUAAUAAUUGUCUUUUUUUUUUCAACUGACUAAUAUACUAUUAUAUAAUUUUUCAUAUUGGUUUUUGAUUCUGGGGAUUUAAGAUUAAUGAUGGAAUUAGUGAUGAAGAGUUACUACUAAAAGAUGUUCAAUUUUCAUUCCUUUAUCAGUUUUACUUUAUGCUUGAAGUAUUUGUUGUGUUUAUUUAUUAAGUUAUCUAUUUGUUUAUUAUGAGAAAUUUUGAUUAAAACAUUUUUAAAUAA